CGGGGCAGCCAAAGCUUCAAACUUUCAAGUUAUGCUUCAAAUUUAAGUUUUAUCUAAAGUUAAAUAUUAUAGACAAAAAUCAUGAGUGACGAAAAGACUGUCGUUUGUGCCACAAGCCCCCAAACACAAGCAGACAACAUAUUAAAGUAUACUGAACACCGAGACAAGCUGCUCCAAAAGGCCGAAAACUUGGUCUUGAACGAGUUCCCCACAACAAUACAGCAGCUGAACUCAACCUUGUUGGCGUUGAACCUCCAAGUCAAGACCGCCAGUGACAUAUGUCAACCCUUGAACCUCCCCGCCAUAGAGGAAGACCAACAGGACGACAAGAGCUCCGGUGAAUGCAAGACCAAAAGGACGCCCCUUAAAGUAAACCUGCCCUGCAACAGGAACGUGGAGGAACUAAUUCAGACCAUCAAGCCCCACGUCAUCAAACUAAUUUACGACUCCAAUUUGAUGGCCAUUUGGAUCAACUUGAUGAUUCCCAGGAUCGAGGACGGGAACAACUUCGGCGUUGAAAUCCAGGAAAACGUUUUGUCUGAUGUGAUUUCCGUCCACGACGAUGCUUGUGGCUACUACAGUCGCUUUUCUCGGUACUACUCAGGCAGAGCAAAAUUGGUGUCAAAGGUGAUCAAAUAUCCCGCCAUCAUUGACUAUAGGAAGUCAAUUGAUGAAAUGGACGAGAAGGAGUACUUCCAACUGAGUCUCAUACUGGAGAAAAUCAGGAACAAGUAUACAUUCCUUCAUGAUUUAAUCAGGAAGAAUCUGGACAAGCUAAAAAAGCCCAGGACAUCUAAUGACAACCAAUUUUUAUACUGAUCAUCAUUUUAUUGCCUCCAUAGUACUAAAAUUCUGUGUUAAAGUGUUUUUUGUUAGAAUUUUUCAAAAUUGUUUGUAUGUAAAUGAUGUUUAGAUUGGUUGUAACAAAUUUACCAUCAAAGGUGACUAUUAAAAGAAAUAGAGGACAAGAAGUAUUUCCACCUGGAGGCCCUGGACAAAAUAAAAGAAUCUAGGUCAUCUAAUGACAAUCAACUUUUAUACUGAUCAUCAUUUUCUUGUGUCUCCAACAAAAUUAAAAUGUUAAUAAACUGUUGUUGGGAAUUAACUGUUGUUUAACUGUUGUAACAAAAUGACCAUCAAAGGUGACCAAAUGUCCUUCCAUUGAUGAUUUCUGAAAGACAAUUGAUUGACCAAAAAGAACUGUGAUAAUUGUUACAACUGUCAAUGGUUAAGUUCAAUUUGUCAAGUGUAACCUAAAAAUUAAAUGUAUUUGAUGAAUUUAAGCCACAAUGAAUGAAGGUGACCAGAAUGCCCAGGCUAAACUCAAGUAUGAGGAAUAUAAAAAACAGAUACAAGAACGUACCGAAAACUUCGUCAUUAAUGAACUGCCAACCUUCAUCAUGGAAAUAGAAGAAGUCUUAAAGAAGCCACAAUUCCAAGCACGCUGCUUCACUGAUGUACAUCAAGAUUACAGCGUUCCAACACCAAGAGAAGACCAGACGUCUCAAACAAGUCAACAAAUAGACUUUGUUCCCAAAAACAGUCACGUUACAGGAAUGAUGGACGUCAUUAAACCUUACCUCUUUAAAAUUGAGGAAGGUUGUAAUUUGCUCAUAACAUGGAUGUCAUUCCAAUCAGUUAAAGUAGCAAGUGGACGUAAAACAUACAACAUAAUCAAAUCAGAAGUGGUGGAAAAUGCCCAUCAAAUCCUCUUAAAACGUUCCAAACUUUUCAAUAGGUACCUAUACUAUUUCGAAGACAGAGGAGAACUCAUCGAGGAGAUGCUUGAGUACCCAGAAAUAGGUGACUAUCCAGUGGCCAUAGAUGAAAUGGAUGAAAAAAUGUAUCUGGCAUUGUCCAAACACCUUUUCGAGAUCAGAAAUUUGUGCAGUGCCCUUUACGACAGUUCCAAGAAGAACUUGGACAAGAUUAAGAAGCCCAAACCGGAAGAUGCCACCAAUAAUUCAUAUUAAAGUUGUUUAAAAUGAAAUUUUUAGGUCAUCUAAUCAUCAAUUUCAUGUCUAACUAACAAUAUUAAAAUUUUAUGUUCUUAAA